AUGCAAGAAAGCAUAAAGGAAACAAAAGUGACUCAUAACCUCACCAUCCAGAAACAACAACUGUUAGCUGUUCACAUUCUGGUGUCUCCCUUUUUUGACUUUUUCCUGCUCCUGGGCAUCCUGCCUUGUUUCAAGCAGCCUAAGCACUCCCAGAGUCUGGUACUUCUGCACUGGCCCCUGAGCUACAUUGCCAUAUUUUGGAUUUUGCAGUCAUUGGUCAUUUACCUGCUGUUUACAUCUUGGUGGCCACUACCAGUCCUUUACCUCGCCUGGUUGUUCCUAGACUGAAAGACCCCAGAGCAAGAUGGCAGGCAAUUGGCCUGGGUAAGGAACUGGUGUUUCUGGACCCACAUCAGGGACUACUUCCCCAUUUCAAUCCAGAAGACCAAAGACCUGUCACCUGAAUGCAACUACCUCAUGGGCAUUCACCCCCACGGCCUCUUGACUUUUGGUGCCUUCUGCAACUUCUACACUGAAGCCACAGGCUUUUCGGAGAUCUUCCCAGGUAUUACUUCCCAUCUGGCCACAUUGUCCUGGUUCUUCAAGAUUCUCUUCAUUCUUCAACCUCAGGGCGUGUGCUCCGUGAGUCAGCCAGCCAUCGACUGUCUUCUAAACCAUGGCACUGGCAACCUUGUGGGCAUUGUAGUGGGAGGAGUGGGAGAGGCCCUGCGGAGUGUGCCCAACACCACCACCCUCAUUCUCCAGAAGCACAAGGCCUCCAGCAUGGGGUUUUCCAACAGGGCUCAUCUAGUCCCCACCUUCACUUUUGGAGAAACCGAGGUGUACAAUCAGGUGUUGUUCCAUAAGGACAGUUGUAUGUACAAGUUCCAGAACUACUUCUGCCAGAUCUUUGGUUUCUACCUUUGUGUCUUCUAUGGAUGAGGCUUCCGCCAAGGCUCCAGUGGGCUCCUGCCAUACCCGCUGCCUAUCGUCACUUUGGAGCCCCUGCCUCUGCCCAAAAUUGAGAAACCAAGCCUGGAGAUGGUGGACAAAUACCACACUUAUAUGGACGCCCUGCACAAAUUGUUUGAUCAGCAUAAGACCCAGUACAGCUGCUCAGAGACCCAAAAGCUGCUUUUCCCGUAA